CGUCUCGCUGCUGGUGCCCACGUCCGUCCGUCCGUCCUCCUGGAACGCACGCGGCGCUCAUCAGCUCGUCGCGAUGGAGAACCUACAAGGAGGAGACGACGAGUCGCACGGGUUCUCCGGCUUCCCCUACUUCUCCGUGCCGUCGACGCCAGUGCUUGACGCGCCGCCGCCGAGCUUGUCGUCGGAGGAUGACAACCAGCACGGUACCCUCGCCUCACUCCAGCAGGCGGCGUGCAACGGUCUUCCUCCUCUGGGCCCUGAUCAGCUGGCGGCGCCGCCGAUGAUUAAUCUCCCGCCGAUGGUGGACUGGUCGUCGCUGAUCCAGCAGGCCAGCCUGAUGGGGGUCCCGCCCGUGCCAGGGCUGCAGCAAGCGGUCGUGCCGCAGUUGGACCAGAGCGGGGAGAACGAUGGCGGCGGAGAGGGUGCGGGGAGCAGUGGCGGUGGUAAGGAUAAGGCGGCGAAGGGCGGCGGCGCGGGGCGGUCGGGGAAGAAGAAGGCGAGCAGGCCGCGGUUCGCGUUCCAGACGCGGAGCGCCAACGACAUCCUGGACGACGGUUACCGGUGGAGGAAGUACGGCCAGAAGGCCGUCAAGAACAGCGCCCACCCCAGGAGCUACUACCGAUGCACCCACCACACGUGCAAUGUGAAGAAGCAGGUGCAGCGCCUGGCCAAGGACACGAGCAUCGUGGUCACCACGUACGAGGGCGUUCAUAACCACCCCUGCGAGAAGCUCAUGGAGGCGCUCAGCCCCAUCCUAAAGCAGCUCCAGUUCCUCUCGCAAUUCUAAUCUAUGCUUGCUUAAUUAACUCUGGCCAUUAUGAUGCACAAGCGGCCUCCAAAACGGGCAAAAGCAAGCAAUUUAAUAUAUAUACCUCACCAAAUACACAUUUGUAGAUUGUAGUAUUGCACAAGCCUAGAUGUGUAAUUAAGUAAGCCAAACUGUGGAAGGGGGAAGAAAAGGAGAAAAAUGUGCCUACCUCUCCCCAAUACUGCUGAUCACACAUGAGAUGUAUACAUGUUUAGAGAGAAACUGAUCGUGUAUGUAAAUGUAACCCUUUGCGUGUAUCAGUGUAAAUAUGCGCAUCAUGCAUAUUGAAUUUCACAAAUAUAUGUACACUGAUGAACAAAGUAUCCAAAGUCAUUUUUCAUCGCA